CGUUUUAUAUAAGUAGUGUUGCGGUUGUCUUUGCUGCAGAUAUAAAUAUGGUACUAGUAUCAGUAUCUUCAUUUGCCACCAUUCCAGCAUCCCUAGUACUUAUUACCCACCUCGGUUUACUCCUCCCACAAUUUGUGCGGAGCCACGCGGGAGAGCAUAGCCAUCAUGGGGACUCCUCAGCUGGAGGGGGACCCGGGGGAACAGAGGGGAUGCCACAUUACCAUGAGUCAGUGAGUCUGGACCAGGCCAAAAUAAGGCUGGAGCAGCUGAGGAGUGGGAAUGUAAUGGAGAGCGAGGAGCACAUCAGAGAACACUUACAGAAUGUGGCCAAGAUGCCAGAGGAGAAGAUGAAUGACGAGCAGAGAGCGACCCACUUCUUCUACCUGCACGACAUGGACCAGGACACGAAGUUGGACGGGCUUGAGAUACUGCACUCUAUUAUGGAAUCACACGGCACUGCAGACCCCAGCCCAGAGGAAAAUAAAGAGAAAGAGAAGAAGGAACAUGGGGACAACAAGGAAGGAGGGGAGAAGAAGAAAGAAGAUGCAUCUGCAGACAAGCCGGACGGCGAGAAAGCGAAAGAACAUGACGACAGUCACCCGAAGAAUUGGUCAGUGAAUGAGUUAGUGGAACACAUUGACUCGAUUCUGACAGACUACGACAAGAAUGACGACGGUUAUAUCGACUUCUUCGAGUUCAGAGAAAUCAUGAGGAAGAACAGAGAAGAUGUGGAGAGAGACCAGAAAGCAGAAGAGGCUGCUAAACAGGCCAAAAAGAAUUAAACAGGCUGCUAUUCCUAUUAAUGCCACCUGUGCAAUAUCAACCAAAUAAUUUUUAGCUACAAACAACCCAUUAGGCAACAAUCAACUAGGCUACAUUUUGUCGUCGUCGGGUACCAUAUAUCGCUUUAGCAUUUAGAUGUGCAUGCUUUUAAUAUUACAGUUAUGACUGUGUUGUGAACUGCUAUUUGUGUUGUCGAAAUUAUGAGAAAUCGAUAUAUGUAAAUUUUGUUUAUACUUAGUAAAGCUUGGCUUGUAAAUUGAUUUAUCGCCGUUUUCAAUGUUCGGAAAUUUAACCUAAGAAAGAAGUGUUCUAAUUGUCAGAUAUACAGUGCUGAUUUAAAUUAACCGGACACAACGAAGAAACAUUCGAAAUUUCAAACGCGUUUUUUCCAAAUUGGGCUAAGAUAGGACAAAAAAUGAAGAGAACAAAAGUUGCCUAGAAUUUCA